UUCUUUCCUUCUUACCAAAGAUUCAGCUAGAGAGAGAAAAAAGAGGAGAGAGAGAGAGAGAGGCUGCUGCAAAUUGCUCACUUAUAAUUCUGUAAGUAAUCCCUAUAUAAUCACACCCUCCUUCGAAAUAUAUUUAUAGGUUUGGGGGGUAUGAGUGAGACCAAGUACUCUAGUAGUAGUGGCCCAGUUGAUUCAUGGGCGCAAGAAUUCUACAAUCAAGGGGCUACCAUGUUCGAUAUUGGUCGAGAUCGAGUCUCCUCGGAGGCCGCAAUGAUCUCGGCCAAUACCGCCUCUGGAUCUACCGCUGCCAAUGUCCCGAGCCAUCACGGCUCCAGCUCCAGUAGUCAGUAUUUGAAUGUGCCAGUUGAUCAAGGAGCAGGAGGAGGAGGAGGCCGCGGUUCAAAACCAAUUAGAAGGCGGUCGAGGGCCUCCAGAAGGACCCCGACCACCCUGCUGAAUACGGAUACCACCAACUUUCGAGCCAUGGUGCAGCAGUUCACCGGCGGUCCCACCGCGCCCUACGCAUCGACCGCCACAGGGUCCCACGCUCAGUACCCUUUUCCUCGCGGAGGGUCAAGCUUUAGCUUCGGGCCGGCUGAGACCCGGAAUCAAGUUUUGAAUCCUGUUCCUGCCUCCUUUUAUCAUUUACAGUUCCAGCACCAACAGCAGCAGCAACAACAGCACCAACAUGAGCAGUACUUCCAGCAGCCGCAGCAGCAGCAGCAGCACCAACCGUACAUGUUUUCGUUCAUGAACAACUCGAGGCCCGACAUGGAAGAUAUUAACGUCGACCACGGCGCCCCCAGUGGUUUUUCUAUUGACCAUGUGCCUUAUCCUCUCCCUCCUCCUCGGCCGCCUUCAUCGAUGCAGUGAGAAUGGAAAAUGCCAAUGGCAGCUGCAUGCAAUAUUAACAUGUUUUGAUCCUCUCUCAAGUCCCCCCUGUAUCCAUUUUUGUCCGUACCGGUAUUUUCGUGCAUUCUUGGCAGUACUGACUUUUACGUCAAGAUUUUCACGUGAUUCAAUAGCCGGAGGUACACUGGAACACCGAUAGAUCGAUCGGUAGAAAGACAAACUUGGAUACAGGAAAUUUGAGCCCUGUUUUGGAAGGGACGUAUAAAAGGGGGGGGGAGAGUUAGGCAUACUGACUUUUCUUAACAAAGAAUUAUUGACUACUUCAAACAUUCUCUGUCUUAUGCACGAGAAACGAGAAGUUUUAGGGUGCCGGCGGCGCCGGACAGGUACCACGCAGGUGGUUUUCUAGGUUUAGGGUUUUCCUUUUCUGGAUUUUGUUUUUGUGUUUUCCUCUUCUCUUUUUUUGGUUUGAUAUUGAAUAGUUUCGACUUUAUUUUUAUGUUGCUUCCCUGAAGUUACUAGUGGAAACUUCUCUUUUGUCCUUUUGUUUGCUUUUUAAUUGUGCCGAGUUUAACAUCCGUAUGAUAUAUAUAUAUAAUGCUGGGAUGUAAGCCGAGAUGUUGCACGUAGCGCUAGGAGGAGGGUUUUGUGCACUCUCUUUGAGACUCUCUCGAUACUUUCUUUUCCUAUUGUAUCGAUGUCAUUUUUUUCCCUUGUGUGAUAAAUGAAAAUUUUCUUUGUCGAUAAAAUAAAAAUAGAAAAGAAAAUUGAUGUCAA